UUAAAAUAACUUUUAGGCAGUUUUGUGAGCCAGUAUUGUUCUGUAAAAUGUUUAAAGCUUUGACAACUAAACAUGGAUCUGCUCACUGAAGGCAGCUGAGAGUGUCUGCCUUGGAGAAAAUGGACCGGAGGAGGCGAUGGACGUUUGCAGGGCAGUUUGUGUGUCUGCUACUGUGUGCGUGCGCCCUGGAUCGGGUAUUGGCACAGAUUCGGUAUUCCAUUCCGGAGGAGUUGGAGCACGGUGCUUUUGUUGGAAAUAUCGCCGAGGACUUGGGCUUGGAUGUGGCCAAAUUGUCUUCGAGGAGAUUCCGGAUUGUGUCCGGGGCAAGAAAACAAUAUUUAGAGGUGAAUUUGGAGAACGGGAUUUUGUUCGUGAAUGAGAAGAUCGAUCGCGAGGAACUGUGUGAACGAAGUCCCGGUUGUUUCUUGCACUUGCAGGUCGUUAUUGAAAACCCUUUGGCACUGUACCGGGUUGAGGUUGAAAUCUUGGACGUCAACGAUAACGCGCCCAGUUUCCCGUGGAGCGAGUUUAAUCUGGAAAUUACGGAGUCUGCUGCGCCGGGCUCUCGGUUCCCAUUGGAGAGCGCGCAAGAUCUGGAUGUGGGAUUGAACUCUCUCCGUUCCUACCUGCUGAGCACAAAUCAGCACUUUGUGCUGGACAUUCAAACGCGUAACGACGGGAGCAAAUUCGCCGAAAUCGUACUGCACUCGCCGUUAGACCGAGAGCAGCAGAAGACGCACGAGAUGGUGCUCACGGCCGUGGACGGUGGCUCUCCUUUGCGCUCGGGCACCGCUCAGAUUACGGUCACUGUGCUGGAUGCCAAUGACAACGUGCCGGUGUUUGACCGCUCCGUUUACCGGGUCAGCUUGGUGGAGAACGCACCGAGAGGCACGCUCGUGCUCAAACUGAACGCUACGGAUCUGGACGAGGGCGCCAACGGUGAUAUUACAUAUUCGUUCAGCGGACACGCGCCUCUGAAGGUGCGGGAGCUGUUCAGCGUGGACUCUCACUCGGGUGAGAUUCGGGUGAAGGGGAUAGUGGACUACGAAAAGGCCAGCGUGUACGAGCUCUACGUACAGGCGAAAGACAAGGGUCCCUCCGCCGUGGCCGUGCACUGUAAAGUACUGAUCGAUAUUCUGGACGUGAACGACAAUGCGCCCGAGGUCAUAUUAACCUCUGUGUCAACACCUGUUCAGGAGGACGCGCCACCGGGCACGGUGAUAGCCGUGAUCAGCGUUAUGGAUCACGACUCUGGUGAGAAUGGUGCUGUGGAUUGCCAGAUUCCCGAAAAUGUGCCGUUUCAGCUGCACUCCUCUUUUAAAAACUAUUACACACUUGUAACGAGCGAGCUUCUGGACAGAGAGUCCGUGUCGGAGUACAACAUCACGCUCACGGCGCGAGAUCUGGGCUCGCCGCCGCUGUCCACCAGGAAAACGAUUCUGGUUCAAGUGUCUGACAUUAAUGACAACCCACCGCGCUUCAUUCAGCCCUCAUACACUGUAUAUGUGACCGAGAAUAACGCCCCGGGCGCAUCCAUUUGCUCGGUGACCGCAUUCGAUCCGGACUCUAAUCAAAACGCGUAUUUGUCCUACUCCAUCCUGGAAGAUCAGAUCCAGGGCAUGCCCGUGUCCACUUAUGUAUCCAUUAACUCAGAUAACGGCAACAUCUACGCGCUGCGCUCUUUCGAUUACGAGCUGCUCCGGAACUUUCAGAUCCGCGUACAGGCUCAGGACGCCGGUUUCCCGCCGCUCAGCAGCAACGUGACUGUUAAUGUUUUUGUUUUGGAUCAGAACGACAACGCACCAAUCGUCCUGUCCCCACUACUGAAAAACGGCACCGUAGCUAGUGAGAUGGUGCCCAGGUCGGUGGACGCUGGGUACCUCGUGACUAAAAUUACGGCGCUAGACGCGGACGCGGGGCAAAACUCUCGCCUCUCAUAUCAGGUGCUCCAGGCGACAGAUCCCGGACUACUCAGCGUUGCUCUGUACACCGGCGAGAUCAGAACGAUCCGCCGUUUCGUGGAAAAAGAUGCCAUAAGGCAAAGACUUGUCGUACUCGUCAAGGACAACGGGCAGCCGCCGCUCUCGGCCACCGUUUCCAUUAUUUUGUCGGUGGUGGACAGCGUACCGGAGUCGCUGUCCGAUUUCGGUGACCUCUCGCUCAGCCAUCAACCCCCUUCUAACCUCGCGCUCUAUUUAAUCGUGUCACUGAGCACCGUCUCGCUCAUCUUCCUCGUGGCCAUCAUCGUUCUGGCGGCCGUGAAAUGCUACAAGGACCGCGACUCUCUCAGCGGUUACGCGCUCUCCUCUCUCGGCGCCGCUUGCUGCAGCUUCGAACCGGAGCCGCCCUCCGAGGUGUUCAAAAAAUCCAACAUCAACCUGCAGAUCUCCAGCGGCGCGAAAGUGCCCACGAACUGCGUGAAGGUAAACAGCAAUUCUGGAAAUCUGUCUGAAGCUUACCGCUACAAAGUGUGUUUGACGCCAGAAUCAGCAAAGAGCGACUUUAUGUUUCUCAAGCCUUGCGGUCCCGGUACACCGAGGAAUAACGCGGCGAGAGGAGCGGACAAUCUGGCGCUGAGCUCACAGAGUCGCUGCUCAUCCGCGAACAACGGAGCGACAACACCGAACGAGUUGAAGCAAGCAAACACUGACUGGGCACUCACCAAAAACCAAACCACCACUGUGAAACGAUGUAAUUCUAUAAACAUGGAUGGCACUCUGAUGCGUAAGGCCAUGCAGGCAGAACCAGAGACUUAUAUGACUCCAGUGGCUGCGGGACAGUACUGGACCUGGGGGAACCGCCCGAGAGAGAACCGGAUGCAUUCUCCAGCAGGUGUUUCUCAGAGGGCGUGGACUCCUCAUUACACCCCCACACACAACCCCACCCGACAUCCGCAACAGCAGCAGCCCACAGCGAAGGUUCACCCGCAUCCUCCACCCGAUUACCAGCACAACGUCUACAUCCCUGGCACACCCUCCGGCUUCUGCACCCUGCGCCCCAGCUACCGCAGUGAGCUGGACGUCCACAACUCCUUUUCCACCUUCGGCAAAAAACGCAGGUUCAUCUCGCCCAGCAGCUUUGACCCUCAAGAUGACAUGGGGACGGAGGUUAUCAACAAUGACUUAUAUAAUGAAUAGAAUAAGAGAGGAGAGAUGAUGGCGCAAUGGGCAAAAGGAGGAGUGGCUCUUUAUUAUGACCAAAGCAUAGCAUCUCUGCCUUACAUGUUAUCAGCCAUCUGGUUCGUUCACUGACUGUCUGAUGCAUAUUGCAUACAAAACUAGAGAGCACUUGUGAAAAUUGCAAGCUCCAAUCAGGUUGCCAGACUGAAACACAACUUCGACGAAUCACAGCGCAGAUGUCUUUAUCCAUUAUCCAUUAGUGGUGUUGUCUAUUUCAGAUAGAUGCAUAACAGUCCCAUUAUCCACGUAAAACAAAACAAAGCUGGUCAGAUGGCCUCUCCCUUUUCAAGUGGGCGGUUCACUCUAAGAUGCACUUUACAUCUUUCACUUACGUCGUGUUUUUUUGUGGCGCAUCAUUCACAGACCUGAAACUUAUUAAGGACUCUCUCACUGGACAUGUCUCUGAUAAUAUAUGCAGAUAUUUAAAAGAACUUGAAGGGGAGAGACGAGCAGCAGGCCGUUCUGGAAAGAGAUUUACUUUGCUUGUCCUGUUAUAUCAGGGGCUGAAUUCAUCUUACUGUAAAGUGAUAGUUCACCCAAAAAUCGUAUUUUUCUUGUAUGGAGUCUGAUUGGUUGGCUUGGUCACACCAGGCGUGAAGUUAUAACACCACUAGAAUAUCAGUGGUGUGAGAAAUAUAUGGCAUUAAAUUUUAAUAAUAUUUUCCUACUGUUACUUUGACAAUCAUUUCAGCCAUAUGUGAUAACUGCACACCCUUUGCACAUGGUGUGAGCGUAUAAAUCAACACAGUGGUCCAUGUUGAGAAAGUGAACCCACCAAAAUUAAAUUCGGCAUCGACGUCUUUAUGAUGAAGGAACAGCUGGAUCAGGUUUAAACACACAUUACUGCCUCAUACGGGAUGUG